GCAUAAGCUCUAUUUUUGGUAGUUUAUAUAAUAUAAAUUGCUGGAAAAUACCCGCCAAAACCAGUUUUAAACCCCCCUUCCGGUGAAUCUCUUGCGCCAUUUCUUGACUGUAGAGGGAUAGCAGAAAUUAAACAAACAUGACAGAAGCAGCAGCACCUACCUUCAAGCUUGUUCUGGUUGGAGAUGGAGGUGUUGGAAAAACCACAUUUGUAAAAAGGCAUUUGACUGGUGAAUUUGAAAAGAGAUAUGUUGCCACAUUAGGUGUAGAAGUCCAUCCAUUAAAAUUUCACACAAACAGAGGAGAAAUGGUGUUCAAUGUGUGGGAUACAGCAGGACAAGAAAAAUAUGGUGGUUUGAGAGAUGGCUAUUAUAUCCAAGGUCAAUGUGCCAUCAUCAUGUUUGAUGUAACAUCUCGAGUAACAUACAAAAAUGUUCCUAACUGGCAUCGAGAUUUGGUACGAGUGUGUGAGAACAUUCCCAUUGUGUUGUGUGGUAACAAAGUUGACAUCAAAGACAGAAAGGUCAAAGCCAAAGCUAUUGUAUUCCACAGAAAGAAGAACUUACAGUAUUACGACAUAAGUGCCAAGAGUAACUACAACUUUGAGAAACCUUUCUUGUGGCUUGCAAGAAAAUUGUGUGGUGAUGCCAACUUAGAAUUUGUAGCUAUGCCAGCCUUAGCUCCACCAGAAAUCCAGAUGGACCCAAACUUGGCCUUCCAGUACGAACAAGAAUUAAAGACAGCACAAGAUGUAGCCCUCCCUGACGACGAUGAUGAUUUAUAAUGAGUGUCUGAACUUAGUUUGACUAUUCAUGUGAAGUUUUUAUCCAAACAAAGUAGCUGACAAACCUUGCAGAUGGAGAGGACUCAUUGGACAUUCAGAGAAUGACGAUAUUUAAAUUUACUCCAUUUAGCAUAAUAUGGCUCAUUUUUAUAUCUGCUCCCUCUAUUAUAAUAAUAGCGGAAUGCCUUUUGGUGCAAUUUAUAUACAGGAUUGGUGCCACAUUGUUAGCUGCUCUGUUGCCAUGGUGAUUGAUCUGAUAUUAAACAAUAGGACUGCACAUUAUCCUUAAGAAAGCUUUGGAUUAGUCGUCGCUCUAGAAAAGAACUGUUUAUUUGGGAAAAAAUUAUAGCUGUAUAUUUUAAUACUUAAUUGUUUAAAAUCUGUAAAAUGUAUCAUCUUUUCAUGAAUUAUGUGAACAUUUAACAUACUGAAAAUCAUGUUAUUUAUUUAUUUGGAAAUACAGCGAUAAUUUGAAGCAUUCUUAAGCUAGGGUUGUAUAUUAUUUGUAUUCCUUUUGAUCACAAUGUAAUAAAAUAGAUGCUGCUCAAAAGGAGAGAGGCUAUUAUUUAUAGUAAGUUGAUGAAUGAAAGGGUUGUAUGAAAAAGAAAGUUGUUAUUUUGGACUUUUUACACUAUUUUGUCAUAUUGUGAACUUAAUUUUUAGGCCAGGGCUUCAUAAUUUUGUUUAAAUGUUUUCUUCAUAGUUGAUAACCUAUCAAUUUUGAUUAUUAUUUUUAGUGCAUUUUUAAAAAAAAUCAAUUUGAGGUGAAUUACUUAAAUUAAAUUCAUUGAAUUUCUGUAAAAUUGUGAAGCCCUGUAUAUUCAGAUACUUUAAAUGCUAUUAUUCUACUAUAAAUGCUUUGUUAGACCUAAUUUUUACUUGACACAGAUUUGAUAUAACAAAAAUAUGUCUUUUGUAUUGUAUUGAGAGAAAGGUUCAAUUAGAUUUUAAAUGAAUUGAUAUUGUAAACUCGUUUUAUGUGAAACAAAGCAUUUGUUUUAUGUGAUUUUCAAAAACAACAGAAAAUAAAUAUUAAAAGUGAUAA